CAGACAAAACAUCAACAGAAAAGAACGCAAAAUUAGAUUUUUGACUUCUUGCAAGAAGAAGUUCGUGUUUAAAUACUGCUGUAAAUCCGAGUGCCAAAAAUGACGACAGAGUUUUCAGAAUCGCACUUGAUUAGAUCGAAAAUUAUCGAAAUCAUCGGAGAAGAGACUUCAAACAAGUAUUUCGCUCUGCUGAAAAAUUGGUUCAGAAUGAAGAUGUCAAAAGAGGAUUUUGACUUCUUCGCACGCAAACUGCUUCCACCUGAAGCAGCUCGUCUGCACAACCACUUCCUGCUCUCCCUGCUGAACCAAUGCCAGCCACUGGCGGACAGCCUCCGUCUGAGCAGCCCCUUCACACCCUCCGUUCGGACGAGGUCUCCGGAACCGCCGUCUGGACCAUUCGUCACGGCAGAGCCAGCAGCAUUUGUCAGAGAAAUGCGACCAACGCGGGCGCUUGGGACACAAGCGCCUCUGCCCCAGCAAACGCCGGUGCACUCAGACGCGCACCUGCCUGACCUUGGCCUGAUGAUGGGCCGCCUCCUGGUCGCUGGCUGGGACCACGGGCUGCAAGGGGCCCGCUACGACGUCGCUCUCUGCCUGGUCGAAGCCACCAGGGGCCUCAUCAAGUCCGUCCUGGAGUCCGUCGUUCGCCUCAGGGGAGGCCAUCGUCUCAGGGAUGGCAAAUACGCGUUUGGCCUAGGAACCAGACCUCCUGCCCUUCUUCCCAGGCAGGAAGGCCCGCCAGCCAAGCGACCUCGCCUUGAAGAGGCUGAGCAGCAGGCUGCUCAAGAGCUGGCUGCGUCUGCCCCUGGCCAAAUUUCUGCUCGACAACCUAUCAACCUGUUUGAUCUCUACCUCGCUCUUAAGGUCCAGCCGAACGUAAUUCCAUCCACCUCGAUCUACGCUCGUCUGGUUGAAACUAUUGCUUCCAAAAUGCAACAUUCGAGUUAGGGAGUGAAAAACUUGGAUAGAAUUUACGACUGACUCAGUUAAUUUAGUGCACAUCGGCGAUCCUUGGUGUAAAUACUCCCAUGAAUAAAUAUAUUGUUC